UUCCGCGGCUGCCUGCUGCUUCUGCUGAGACGACUCGGAGCAAGUACGUAAAAUUGAUCCCCAAAUCCUCUCACGGCAGCACGGCCUCCCGCUCCCACAAGCGGCGGCCGGCGGGACGAACGUGGGGUUGGCGGCGGCCAAAGCACGCACUUCCAGUGCACUGCGGCCGUACGCGCUCGCCAGGUCGAGCCGACAAGGCCGGCGGAGCCAGGUCCAGCUGGAGGAGCCGAGGGAGUCCGACCCCCUCAGCUGCACUCAAGGUGUUCGUCGGAUUGCCUCCCCGGCUCAAGUGGCCGAACGUUCGGUGCUUCCUUGGUGGCACGCGCCUGUAGCACGGGUGGUCACAGCACCCAGCAAGGGGCGGGCGGAAGAGGCGAGGAGAGGGUGCUUCGCCGGCCAUGUCAUCUCUGGCGAGCCGGCCGCCUCUCUCCGCGCUGCCAGACGGCGUUUCCCUGGCACCGGCAUUGGUGAAGAAGACCGUCGGCGCCAAGUUCCUUCGCAGCAGCAGCAGCUUUGGCCGUCGGUUUACUGCUCGGGUCUCUUGCGCGCGGCCAUCCAGCAGAGGUCUCGCCAAGGAAUGUAAGCAGCAGGCGUAUGAAGAGGACGCCGCUGCGGAUCAUGAAGAUGGGACUUUGGAAUGGGGCAAGGACGAGGUUGAAGCCAUCUCGGCGCUGUUUGCCCGUCCGAUGCGCUGGAGGCCGGUGAAGCCGCCAAACCCGGCGGCACAGCGGCCUCUCCCACUGCCGCUGCCCCACAAGACGGGGCCGCCCGUCACUCCGACACCGACGCAGCACAUCCGGCUGGCAUCCCGCUCCUCGUUCAGCGACAAGGUGCGCAAGAACCCCGAGGUCCUCGUCGGGAUUGCCAAGGAGAUCGCCGCGCUCCCGCCGGAGUCCGAUGUGUGCAAAGUGCUGGACCGUUGGGUCCACUUCCUCCGGAAAGGCUCCCUGUCCAUGACCAUCCGGGAGCUCGGGCACAUGGGACUUCCCGAGAGGGCGCUCCAGACGCUGUGUUGGGCACAGGGGCAGAAGGCGGUGCCUCUGUUCCCUGAUGACCAGAUCCUCGCUUCGACCGUCGAGGUUUUGGCGCGCUUCGACGAGCUGAAGAUGGAGUCCGCACUUGAGGAGUGCGUCCCCUCGGCGAGCCGCGCUGUCCUCGAAGCCAUGGCGAGUGGGUUCAUCAGGGCAGGCAAAGUAGGCCUAGCACGCAAGCUCCUUGAACUUGCCAGGAUGAACAAGAGGACACUGCACCCGAGCAUCUAUGCGAAGCUGAUUCUGGAGGUUGCCCGGACACCUGAAGGCUACGGACUCACUGCUGCUCUGCUCGACGAGCUCGGUGAGAGGCCGGACUUUGACCUGCGACUGCAGGACUGCACGGCUGUGAUGAAGGUCUGCAUAAAGCUCAGGCGGUAUGCAGCCGUGGAGAGCCUGUUCAGCUGGUUCAGAGGGUCUGGCAGGGACCCAACUGCGGUGAUGUACACGACAGUGAUCCACAGCCGCUCCCGUGACGGGAGACACCGGGAGGCGUUGGCCCUGGUUUGGGAAAUGGAGCAGGCAAACUGUCUUCUUGACCUGCCGGCGUACCGGGUCAUUGUGAAGCUGUGUGUGGCAUUGCAUGAUCUGGAAAGGACUUUUCGGUACCUUUCGAGGUUGAAGGAGGCUGGGUUCGUUCCGACCAGAGACAUAUACUGUAAUGUGAUUGAAGGCUAUGCCGCAGCGGGGAGGAUGGCCAAGCGCCGGCAGCUGAUCAGGGAGGCUGAGUCAACCGGCGUGUUGCUGGACAGGAGGCUGGUUUCAAGCUUGUCUGAGAUGGGUGGUGGACGUUCUUGAACCAUUGGAAAAGUAAAAGUCCAGGCUUGUGUAAUUAUCUAUAGGUGGAAAAGUAAAAGUCCAGGCUGAGUCGAUUGAUGGUGAGAUAAUGUCGUUUGUUAUCAAAUGAUGUAAGUAGCUUAUUUUCCUCUAUUUUUUCUCUAUGCUACUUUGGAUUUAUUAUUUCUUUGAUCCUCUUUGUUGCACACAAAUUGAACUUCUAUUAGCUUGCUGGCCCCAGGGGGGAAACGAUCUUACGUGAGCCUGCAUUGGAAGUUGUGUUCUUGGUUUGUGGUUCUUGCUGUUUGAUUACUGUCUAAUUUGUGAUUAGUGUAGAAGUAGUGAGAGUUUUAGCCAAGCAAAAUGACAGGUUUCUCUUUGCCUCAGUCUCUCAUGGAAUAGGAGUCGUUGUGCUGCUAGAAAACCAUCACUUCCUGGUUCUCGUGCUGUUUGCGGGCUACUUACUCUGGGGCUGGUGAGCGAGGCCAGGUGGGAUGAGGUGGGACGACGAUAUUGUAUUCAAGAGCCAGGCUCGUGGAGAGACCAAGAUCAACGACACCAUCAGAAGUGAUUUUCACCGCAAGUUUCUGCAUAGGUACAUCAAAUGAUGCCACUGUAUGCUUUAUGUUGUAUGCUGAUAUGUUACCCUGUUCAUAAGUGUAAAGAAAAAAUCCACUGCUUGUGUAUUACUGAUGCUUUGCUGUGACCUCAUGAUCUUCCAUUAGUAUUUACAAUUUGAAUUCUUUUGGACCCACAUUGACCUGGAAAAUAUGUCUGUGGUCUACUCUAAGCGUGUGUGACUGCCCAGCAGUGUCCUGGAAAAUGGUUUUAUUUUUGUAGCCGAAUUCAUUGAGCGCUUGAGACACCAAUUUUCUUGUUGGCUUUCUCUUAGUGAAAAUGACUUUAAUUGAACUAGCAACCAAAGUUACUUCUCUAUUAGAUUUUUUUUCUGGUUUGGCUAGGUGGACAGUACUUAGUGACAGUUUAUAUGAGCAAACUGGCAGGUUACCCUUUUCCUCUGUUUCUCAUGGCAUUAGAGUCAUACUGCAAGGAGAUUGAUAUCCUGGUUCUCCAUUGUUGGCUGGCCACUUUUAAAAUGGCUGGCCGGGAGGAGCUAGGGAACAUUUAUUUUCUCACCUUUUUAGUUGGCGAGUCAGUUAGUGCCUGCACCGCUGCAUCUGUUGUAUUCUUACUGUUCAGAAUCUUCAUAGAAGAUGUCAUGAUUUUGUCGAUUGAUUUCGAGUUGAUGUUGCUUGUUAUUGAAUUUGAAUGAAGCAACUUGUUUUCCUUUCUAUUUGUUCUGUGUUCUACUUUGGAUCUAUUAUUUAUUCAGUCUUCUUCGUUACAUGCAAAUUGAAGUUCUUUUUGCUUGCUGGGUGCUGGCCCCUUGGGGGGAAACAAUCGUACAUGAGCCUGCAAUGGAAGUUAUGUUCCUGGUAUGUGGUUCUCGCUGUUUGAUUACGGUCUGAUCUGUCAUUAGUGUAGAACCAGUGGGAGUUUUAGCCAAGCAAAAUGGCAGGUUACCCUAUGCCUCAGUUUCUCAUGGCACCGGAGUUGUUGUGCUUCUCGGAGAUCAAUCACUCCUGGUUCUCAUGCUGUCUGCAGGCCACACCUACCCUAGGGCUUGUGAGCGAGGCUGCGCGAACAAGUUUUCCUUGGUUGAAUUAGUGGGCUGGUGAGCGAGGCUGGGUGAACAAUUUUUCCUUGGUUGAAUUAGCCAGACAGUUGUCCUCACUUUCUGGAGUAUUCUUGUGUUGUUGAGUGAUUGAGAUUUGCUUUUGUUGGCCAUGGCUGACUGUGUUUUAUUACGGUUCAGAGAAGAGAAGACAGAUGGUAAUAUGAUAUGUACUUAUCUGCUGAUUAUUCUGAUUUUGUUGGUUGAUA